AUGGCCCAACAAGAACGCAAGCUUCCCUUUGGGAAGAUCGAGCCCAACUCCGCCAAGUACUUCUACAGCUGCGCUUUGGGUGGUAUCACCGGGCCCACCCACACCGCAGUCACACCUUUAGAUCUCGUCAAGUGCCGUCGCCAAGUCGAUCCAAAGAUCUACACCUCGAACAUACAGGCAUGGCGCAGCAUCUUCGCUAAGGAGGGCCUGCGCGGCGUGUUGUUCGGCUGGUCGCCGACCUUCAUAGGAUACUCGAUGCAGGGUGCCGGAAAGUACGGUCUCUAUGAGUACUUCAAAUAUCUUUAUGGCGAUCAGUUGUUCCCAGAAAGCAAUCGUACCCUCGUCUUCCUGGGAGCUAGUGCUUCGGCUGAGUUCUUCGCCGACAUGGCUCUCUGCCCGAUGGAGGCCAUCAAGGUCCGCAUGCAGACCACCUUACCACCAUAUGCCAACAACCUACGCGAGGGCUGGAGUCGCAUUGUUGCGAAGGAGGGCUUUUCCGGCCUUUACAAGGGCUUGUAUCCGCUUUGGGCGCGUCAGAUCCCUUACACCAUGACCAAGUUCGCGACUUUUGAGGAGACUGUCAAGAUGAUCUACCAGACCAUGGGUAAGCCUAAGGAGGAGUAUAGCCAGUUGACUCAAACUGGUGUCAGUUUCGCGGGUGGCUAUAUCGCUGGUAUAUUCUGUGCGAUUGUUAGUCACCCAGCUGAUGUUAUGGUGAGCAAGUUGAAUGCCGAUCGGAAAGCUGGCGAGGGUGCCAUGACUGCCGUAUCUAGGAUUUAUGGCAACAUUGGAUUCUCUGGGUUGUGGAAUGGAUUGCCCGUCCGUAUUGUGAUGCUGGGCACAUUGACAGGAUUCCAAUGGUUGAUUUAUGACUCAUUCAAGGUGUUCCUGGGCCUGCCCACCACUGGUGGACACUAA